UAAAGAAAGGAAGGAAGUGGCUUCGUUGGAUCGUGUUUGUUCUGUUUGGUUGGUGAUAGAGAAAGAGAGGAGAAAGAGACAAAGGUAUUUGAUUUGAAUCCCUAAUUGAGAUUGAAAUGAUGCGAUUGCAAGGUGUGGUGCUGAAUACUCAAUCCUCCUCCUGCACCAGAUGCCUCGAACCUCCUUCAUCUUCCUCCAAACAGGCUACCAAGUUUUUUGGCACCCAUGUUCCUUUCCACAGGAGAGGUAGCCCGAUGCAUCCUCCUUCUGUUCGGUUUCGUUUACCGCACUCCACACGCACCCUUGCUGUGAAGGCCGUUGCUACUCCAAAUCCAGCUCUGGAAUUGCCUUUAACUGCUGAAAAUGUGGAAACCGUGUUGGAUGAAAUUCGACCGUAUCUCAUUGCAGAUGGUGGAAAUGUGGCUUUACAUGAAAUUGAUGGCAAUGUUGUGCGCUUGAAGCUACAGGGUGCAUGUGGCUCAUGCCCCAGUUCUGUUACCACAAUGAAGAUGGGCAUUGAGCGUCGAUUAAUGGAAAAGAUCCCUGAAAUAGUGGCAGUGGAACCGAUAACCGAUGCAGAGACCGGCCUUGACCUAAAUGAAGAAAAUAUAGAGAUGGCUCUAGAGGAAAUAAGGCCAUACCUGGUUGGAGCUGCUGAAGGAGUUCUUGAAUUGGUAGCCAUUGAUGAGCCAAUAGUAAAGGUCCGAAUCACGGGUCCAGCUGCUAGUGUCAUGACUGUGCGUGUUGCUGUUACACAAAAAUUGCGAGAAAAAAUACCUGCCAUAGCAGCAGUUCAGCUUUUGUGAAAAUUUGGUUCAAUACUAGAAUACAAUUGUCAUGACAUUCUUGUAAUUUUUCGUGAACAGCACUAGUGAAAUAAAAAGUGUUACAUGUCAAUGUAUAUACAUAUGUAUGUAGCUACAUGAUGAAGUUCUCUUUUAUAGCAUUGAAAUGUUCUUAUA